AAAAAAAAGAGUAUUGACAAAUGUUGAAGUUUACUGAUGGUAUAUGUGAGUUCUCUGUAUUAUUUACUCUUGUAUAUAUUUGAAGUUUCUCAUGAUUUGUUAAAAAUUAAAAUGAGAACUUGACCACCAGAAAAAAGUCUUUAAUACAUAACUUACUUUUUUCAGGCCAGUACCAGUUCAUCAUCCAUCCUUUGUAUACCUUGCAAAAAUCCAGUUCCUAUAUUAUUGUUAUGCAAACGAUUAUCUUGAGUAGGGAUUUAAGUGAAAAAACAUGCAGAGCUUUUCUUCUUCAUGUUUGACUACAUACUAGUAGAUAGCCAUUAGCUUUUUGGUUUUUCGGAUUUGCAAAAUGCAUAUAGAUCUCUUAGAACUCACUUAAGUAGCACACUGUUAAUUGCUGUUAACAUUUUGAAAUUUGAAUCAAACACAAUCUUCCCUUCAUGCAAAUUUUCAUACGCAGCACAGCGUUUCUUCUUUGUGAAUGAUAUCUGUCUCUUCCUCAAUGUGAAGGGUCUUAGGAUAGAAAACUGCUUUUUUAGGGGUGUGAAAAUUUUACAAUUCUUAUGUAUACACAUUGGUUUAAUGAGAACAGUGUCUGAUAUACCAAGGAUGUGUACUUGUCUUGUUUAUUCAUUAAUUUCUCCUUUUUCCAUUUUCAGUACAUGUACUAGCCUUAGCAAGUUCUGUUCCAAACUCAGGCACCUUGACUUGGCUUCCUGUACAUCAAUAACAAACAUGUCUCUAAAAGCUCUGAGUGAGGGAUGUCCACUGUUGGAGCAGUUGAACAUUUCCUGGUGUGACCAAGUAACCAAGGAUGGCAUUCAAGCACUAGUGAGAGGCUGUGGGGGUCUCAAGGCCUUAUUCUUAAAAGGCUGCACGCAGCUAGAAGAUGAAGCUCUCAAGUAUAUAGGUGUACACUGUCCUGAACUGGUGACUUUGAAUUUGCAGACUUGCCUGCAAAUCACGGAUGAAGGUCUCAUUACUAUAUGCAGAGGGUGCCAUAAGUUACAAUCCCUUUGUGCCUCUGGCUGCUCCAACAUCACAGAUGCCAUCCUGAAUGCUCUAGGUCAGAACUGCCCACGACUUAGAAUAUUGGAAGUGGCAAGAUGUUCUCAAUUAACAGAUGUGGGCUUUACCACUCUAGCCAGAAAUUGCCAUGAACUUGAAAAGAUGGACCUGGAAGAGUGUGUUCAGAUAACAGAUAGCACAUUAAUCCAACUUUCUAUACACUGUCCUCGACUUCAAGUAUUGAGUCUGUCUCACUGUGAGCUGAUCACAGAUGAUGGAAUUCGUCACCUGGGAAAUGGGGCCUGUGCCCAUGACCAGCUGGAGGUGAUUGAGCUGGACAACUGCCCACUAAUCACAGAUGCAUCCCUGGAGCACUUGAAGAGCUGUCACAGCCUUGAGCGGAUAGAACUGUAUGACUGCCAGCAAAUCACACGGGCUGGAAUCAAGAGACUCAGGACCCAUUUACCCAAUAUUAAAGUCCACGCCUACUUCGCACCUGUCACUCCACCCCCAUCAGUAGGGGGCAGCAGACAGCGCUUCUGCAGAUGCUGCAUCAUCCUAUGACAAAGGAGGUGGUCAACUUUGGUGAACUGAGUAUUUAAUGACACUUCUAGAGCUACGGUGGAGUUUCUCCAGUGGAAGCGACCCCAGUGUUCUGGGCAAGGGUUACAAAGUGAGGGAGGGCAGUGUCCAGAUCCCCAGAGCCACACAUACAUACACGUACACACACUCACCCCUAUCCACUCUAGCUCUGUGACCAUGGGACUGAAGUUUGUGAUGGCUUUAUCAAGUAGAUUGGUAAAACUUAACCAUUCCUGUUGAGGUGCCCAGAAGAAAAUCAUAGGCCAAGAUAGAGGGAGGGGCAUUCCAGCAAACCCAGUGUUACUGCUACUGUGGUUUUUAAAUUUUUGUCUAGGGGUUUCUUUGGGGAUUUUGGAACAUCUGCGUCUGCAUUUGCAGUCCUGCAGGGUCAAGAAAAGCAUGGAAAGACAGUAUAUGAUGUACCCAGGGACCAGAAAGAAAAUUUAUUUGCAUCUUAGAAAUGGUAGACAUUCAUUGUGACUACAGAGCUUCUGUGCUUCCUUGUUUCCAUGCCAACAUGCUGAGCAUGCUCACAAAGAAGGCUCGUCCAUUCCUCCUGUGUUUUAGUAUUUGGCCCAGAGGUUUCCUAAAUGGUUGCAUUGAAAUCACUGUGGUCCAAAUGUAAUUCUUACACACUCAAAUUAUCACUGUCUGUAGCACACUUGUGCACGUGUCUUCCGUUCUCUGUUGCUCCCUCCCGUACUCUUGCUCAGUCUGUCACCUGUUCAGUCUGCUUACUCACUCAAUUGUUACUCUUUUGCUGUUGUCGUGUUUACAAUUUGCAUUUUGAAUGAUUAGUUGGGAUUACCAAACAUUUUUUAAACAGAUAUCAAUAAAUAUUUUUUUAAUUCUAAAUUUUA